AUGAAGAUUGCCUUCGCGACUUACUCCAAGUCUCCGGAUAUCAACUAUGGUCCCAAUGUCCGUGACGACCUGCUGGCGUCAGCUCUCAGGCGUCAGGGUAUAGCGGUGGACGGCGCACCGUGGGACGACUCGACCGUUGACUGGAGCAAGUUCGAUGGCGUGGUGCUACGCACUACCUGGAAUUACCAUUUGCGAUUGCAUGAUUUCAUUAAGUGGAUGAAUGCACUGAAGUUGUUGGGCGUGAAAGUUUUCAACGCACCUGAAGUCGUAGCUUGGAACUGUAGCAAGAAGUACCUGUUGGAGUUACAGCAGAAGGGUGUUGCGAUUCCUGCCACUCGUUUAGUUUCCCGUCGUACCGAACCUGUUCCACGGUUCAGCGAUAUUAUGAAAAGAUUCUCGGUCGACGCGUCUCGCUCCGUGGUUAUCAAACCGUGCGUUUCUCUCUGUGCUUACGAAACGCAUCUUGUUCCUUUCAAAGAUGCUGAUAAGUUUCAAGCGAAAUUUGAGCAGAUGGUUAGAGAAAGGGAUGUUCUGCUGCAAGAGUUUGUGCCCGAAAUAAAAACAUCUGGCGAAUGGGGACUUGUGUACUUAAACAAAGUGUAUUCUCAUGCUGUUCUAAAGCUAGCCAAAACGGGUGAUUUCAGAGUCCAGCACUUUCACGGUGGGACUGUAAGACAUGGAACACCAUCACGCGCAGUCCGUGAUUUUUGUGACAAUGUCAUGUCCAGGCUGCCAGACGACCUCUUGUACGCGCGCGUUGACGUCAUACAGAGAGACGACGGGACCGUCCUCCUCAUGGAGGUGGAGCUGAUAGAACCCACUUUGUUCUUUGAUGCGGAUUCAAGCGGGCAUAGCGCAACCGUUUUGGCAGAUGAGAUAGCACACAGACUAUAUCAAUAG